AUGGAUACCCAAAUAUUAGCGGUAGAUCCACAGAAUUUGGGAAAUAUCACAUUCAAGGAAGCGAAGAACGACUUCCUCGACGAGUGGGAGAUUGACUAUGGCGGAGGACAAGGCUAUGAGAGCUUAAAGAAAGCUGCAGACGAGCUGGUCAAAACGGAUGUGCCCGUAGCGUUUCCAACUGAGACAGUAUAUGGAUUGGGUGCAGAUGCGACACGCAGCUCAGCUGUGAAGUCGAUAUUCGCCGCCAAAGGACGACCGGCAGACAACCCUCUAAUUGUGCACAUCCAUUCGCUGUCGCAGUUGCGCGCCUUGCUUUCCGGGCAGCUUGAAGAAGCGACUGGAGGGACAGAAACAGGAUCCGACUCGAUACCCACAAUCUACAAGCCCUUGAUCGAGCGCUUCUGGCCGGGCCCACUCACUAUCAUUCUACCGACACCUACGAGCUCUAUACUAGCACCCGAAGUAACUGCAGGCCUCCCAACAUUCGGAGCACGAUGGGAGAACGUCACAAUCGGAUAUAAAGACAAGCAAGAGGGAGACACUAGCAAGCCAAGAGCUCCGGGAAUGAAAUAUAGGCACUACAGCCCGAAGGCACAGGUCGUGCUAUUCGAAGCUGGGGCAGGUAGGCCAAGUGAGCAGGAGGUCAGUGAAAAGAAGACUAUUGGACUUAUCCGCACAAAGAGCUGGAAGCCUGCACUGGGGCUUGGAGAUUCCAACACUUCACGAACGAAUGGACACGCCAAUGUGGUGACUCAGUCGACGAACACAUCAUUGGCACCUAAUGGCCCUACAUCGCGGAUGUCGAACCUCCUUCGCUCAGUCAUCCAGCACCAGAUCCCGCACGCGCAACAUUACAAAAUGCAGUCCGGAGACAUUGAGAUCUGGGACAUCGAUCUCGGUGCAGAAACAGAGGGCGUCGCUAGAGGUUUAUUCUCUGCUUUGAGAGAGCUUGACAAGAAGAGUGUCGAAGUGAUCUACGUCGAAGGCAUCGACGACAAAAUCGACGACGACAUUGCCGCGGCAGUCAUGAACCGGCUACGCAAGGCUGCGGAAAUCAGAGUGUGA